AGAGCGCAGACGUGAAGGAAUAAAACACAAUCACGACAUUGCACACUGUGUGAGCAUUUCAAUGCAUUCUUCUUCCUGACGGCUUUAUUUCGUACUGGAUCUAAAACAAAUAGCAGCCAUUGCAAUAAAGUGCAUUCAGCGUCAUUGCUAGGACAUUCGCAUUCAACAGCUAGUUGACACAUAUUUGUUGUCGUUCGAUAUAGUGUUCAAAUUUAUUGUUUUACGAGUGUCCAAUAGAAAGCCGGUGAAAAUCACAUAAUGUAUUUGUCCAGCAAUACCAGGUGUGACGAAAUAUGGAGUUGUUUUUUUAUUUAAUGGUGUCCAGCGCAUUAAUAUAGAGUAGCUUAAUUUUUUAGAACCAGAUAUGAGCUUGAAGAUGUUAGACAUGUGCUAGAAAAGUAGUUCGUAUAUUUGAAAAACUGAGAAACAGUUUAUAGCAAGGAGAGAAACAAUUACAAUAAUAGCAUAAUAAACUUGAGCACGAGGAAGUGUAGAAUUACGUAAAGGUGCUGUGGUAACAAAGUAUUUAUGAUUAAUUCUGAAGGAAGAUUCUAGUUUUACAUGACCAAGUUACGAAAGUUUCCAAGUUUCCGAGUACUACAUCUUAGUAGGCGAAAUAGACUUAACAAAAUAAUGUUAUGUAAAAUUAUUAAAAUAUUUAAUAGGAAAUUCAAAAUGUAACAAAAGCGAUUUAGAUGUCUAAUAAGCUGACUUUGAGAGAUGAUAAUUUGUUAAAAUAUUUUUGUCAAUGUGUCUACUUUCAUGAAUGGGAAUAAAGACAAUGUUGCCGGUGUGGAAAGUGUGUGUUCAUCUGGACAAUCUCUCCUGUUAGAGAUUAUGACCAUUCAUUUAUCUUCACUACUACUAUCACUUAUUUCUGAAAUGGAACUUUUAGUGUGUUCAGCUAUUCUUGUUCUUAUCUCAUCAAACUCCGUCAAGGUCCUGGAAGCCGUCAAGACGGUGGAGAUCAGAAUAGAUCACCUAAAUGCCACACAGAUGAGGACCAGGAUAGCCUGCUGUCGGACUUCCCAGUGUGUUUGCCAGACCAGGCUAAGGGCGUGCCUGUACGAGAGGACGCGGUCAAGCUGCCCCGAGGCCACAUUCAAAGAGAGUGACUUCUUAGGUGGCCUAGUUCUGAGUAGAACGGAACCGUUGUUGAGAAUAGAGACGGAUGUACAAACACAGAGUCCAAUGCUUCAAGUUCAGCUAGUGUACGGAAUGGUUGGAGGCCAUGACAUGGAAUUGUUGGGACAUUUUCCUAUCGACUUAUCAGGUCUUCCAUUGGGUCCUAAUAGAGAUCAAAUCGGCUGGACCAAUUUUGAUUUAAAUACUAUGUCCAAGAUUAGCAUGGUGCUGCAGGUCAAGCUCUAUUGCAGUCCAACUUAUUAUGGUCCAAUGUGUCUCGAGCGCUGUGAACCGGAAGUCUCAAGAUUUCAUUGUACAGACGAUGGUCAACGUGUGUGUAUCGGCUUCUGGAAAGGUCCCAAGUGUGACUCAGUGAGCCCAUGCAUAUCCUACCCUUGCCUAAACGAUGGAACUUGUGUGGUCCAGGGAGAUGGCUACAUGUGUUUGUGUAAUCCUCUGUAUACAGGCCCUGACUGUUCAAUGGGCCUUGAUUCGUGCAAUGCACACCCCUGCCCUGAUGGUGCCACCUGUGUUGACCUGGUUGAUGGCUUCUCUUGCAUGUGUCCUGCACACAAAACUGGGAAGCUUUGUGAAACAGAUAUAAAUGACUGCAGAGCUCAUGGCUGUUUCAACUCUGGUCUCUGUGCUCAGAGUCAACUCAACUCCAGCUACACGUGUGUCUGCCCUAAAGGUUUUAUCGGCAAAAAAUGCGAACAGGAGCUGUGUUCUCCUGCUACCUGUCUCAACGGGGGGACGUGCAGGGUAGACAGCCACUCAACGUACACCUGUGAAUGCUUAAACGGUUACAAGGGCCUCCACUGCGAGGUCCUUUCAUCAUGCGAACCGAACCCUUGCAAGAAUAAUGGCAGGUGCUUCCAAAACACGAACGGGGAGUUUGUUUGCAGUUGCGUCGGGGAUUACAGAGGCACUCUUUGCGAACACCUCAACCCGUGUUCUUCGUCUCCAUGCAUGAACAACGGAAGAUGCAUUCUUGACGAACCUGGCGAACACUUUCACUGUCAGUGUCAGCCUUCAUUUAGCGGAGAACGCUGCCAGUUCCAAAAUCGAUGCGUUCCAAAUCCGUGUCAGAACUCUGGAGUUUGCAGUGCUGAUGGCGAUAGCAUAAGAUGCUCAUGCUUGUCUGGUUUUACGGGAAUGAACUGCCAGUACAGGGAUCCUUGUCUAGGAAUAUCGUGCAUGAAUGGUGGUACGUGUCGAAACUCAACCAAUGGUUUUGUGUGUCAUUGCAAAGAAGGAUACGAAGGAAACACGUGCGGAAAUCACGUGGCUUGCUCUCGCCUUCCUUGUCAGAAUGGCGGUCGUUGCAUCCCCGACGGCACAAAUUAUUUUUGCAGAUGUUUGUCCGGAUAUUCUGGAGCCAACUGCCAGAAAUUAACGCCAUGUUUCACAAACCCAUGUCAGAAUGGAGGAUCGUGUUACGAGUCUGCUUCAACUUACGUCUGUGUCUGCCCCGAGGGGAAGACUGGUAAAAUGUGCGAGAUGGAUCUUAUCCCUGGACCUUGCAGCAGUAACCCUUGCAUGAAUUCGGGCUCAUGCUUUCAAUCGGGGAAUACUCACGCGUGCAUAUGCCCCACGCAUUACACGGGUGCUCGAUGUGAGCAGAUUGUGACUAACACCUGUGCAUUUCAUACAUGUCUCAACGGAGGCUCCUGCUACUCAUCGAAGAAUUCAGCUGUUUGUGUUUGUCUUCCGGAGUUUAUUGGAGAAUUCUGCGAACUGAAAAACCCGUGCCUUGAUUCAGAAUACUCUGAAACGUGUAGGAAGAAUAGCAGCUGCUUGAGCAGAAAUCUGGUGGCAUCCCCUUGCGGGGCGUAUGGAAUUUGUCAGCCAUGCGAUAAGGGUCGACCGUGCAGUCCGGAGGGCAGGAACUACAUCUGCUCAUGUUUACCUGGAUAUCUUGGCGCCCACUGCGACAUAAGAGAUCCUUGCGUAACUUACGCAGCCUCUUGUUCUCAUGGCGGCACCUGCGUUCCCAUCCCAGCCCUCAACACGUUCACCUGCCAUUGUUCUUCAGGACAUACUUCCAAAGACUGCAUGAACACCUCACCUUGUCAACCGAAUCCUUGCCGCAACGACGGGAUCUGUUAUCCAAUUCACGCGCACUCGUCGUCUCGCUUCACUUGCGAAUGUAAAGCAGGGUUUAAAGGCCCUACCUGUGAAAUUAUAAACAACUGCUUAGCUAAGCCCUGUAAAAACAAUGGCGAAUGUCUGACGGAAGUGGACAGACACAACAAAGACAUCAGUGUUCGGUGCAACUGCCCCAUGGGAUAUUCUGGCUCAUAUUGUGAGAAUCCUGAAUCUUGCGUCCGUCAGCCAUGUUUAAACAAAGGAGAAUGUGUCAGCAGUUCUAAUGGGAUUCAAGCUGCGUCGUCAAAUGCGAAAGCCACGAAUGUUUGCGUUUGCCCGCACGGAUACCGGGGUCCUUGGUGUGAACGAGAGCUAACAUGCUUGGAGGUUCCGUGUCUCAACACUGGCAAGUGCGAGGCUGGUUCCGAUGGGGAACCAUAUUGUGUGUGCCCCGGACCGUAUCUGGGAAAGUUUUGCGAGGCAGAACUCUCUUGCGACACAGUGCCUUGUUUAAACGGAGGCGUUUGUUCCCACGGGCUGCGGUCGCUUCCAGCGACGACCCGCCAGCCGCGCUGCAUAUGUAUGCCAGGAUUUACGGGCAUGCGUUGCGAACAUCUGGACGUGAUCUAUGCAUGUUCUGUGCUGGUGUGUCAGAAUGGAGGUCGGUGUGUCCCUGAUAAGACCCUGGGCGGAGUGUGCGUUUGCCCCCAAGGAUGGCAAGGCGCCAACUGUGAGAAGGAGGAUGGACACUCGAAGCGACGUGAAAAACACAGAUGUGAUCACCAGCAUUGCUUCAAUGGAGGAACUUGUUAUAUCUCAGGUGAUGGGCGUCCUUCGUGCGUCUGCCCCAACGGUUUCAGAGGCGAGCGCUGCCUGCUGACUACUGACCCUUGCACCACGCAGCUCACCUGCAUGAACGGCGGGACGUGUAAAGCGCGACCUGGUGGUGAGCCUGCCUUCUCCUGCCUGUGUCCGGCUGGUUUCUCGGGCGCCAGAUGCCAGAUCAAGCCCAGAGACCCGUGCACUCCCAACCCCUGUAGGAACAGGGGUCGCUGCUCUGUUGACAGCAAUUACAACGGAUACAUUUGUAGGUGUGAACACCCUUUCACGGGAGACAACUGUGAGCUCAGGUCAUUCGGCACUUGUUUGUUGAACCAAUGUAGAAACCUGGGAACCUGUGUAGAGAUUCCCCCCAGUUCAUUUGUCUGUCGUUGCCUCAACGGCUGGCAUGGUCAGUUCUGUCAGACGUGGACAGGGGCCAGCGGAUUGUGUCCUCCCAACUUCUGCUCAAACCGAGGAGUCUGCUAUCUUGGCCAGGACAAUCACCCGGCGUGCAGAUGUAACAACGCAUUCGGAGAUCGCUGUGAGUUCACCUGCGGGGUAUUACAAAGUGGUCUAUUCCCCCAUCCCUUGGAGUGCACCCUCUACGUCAUGUGCGUCUGGGGCAAGCCCUACGUCAUGCAGUGCCCUCGAACUGACCUCCAUUUCAAUCCGAGCCUGAGAAUCUGCGACUGGCAUGGCAGGGCGGGCUGCGCUUCCAAGUCCAGACCACGUGACCAGGAGUACCUAGGAGUGAUGUGGAGGAUCAGACCCUGAAGCCAGGACCGUGGUUCAGUUGACCAUCAUUGAGCAGGAAUUAGCCUACUGCAUAGCAUGUCAAGUGUUAUCCUUUUUAAAUUAUUUUUUGGCAUUGACCGAAUACCAUUCCCACCCCCACCAUUUUGUAAAAUAUUUGUACGUAAUUUAUUAAUUACGAUUACUUUUUGUUUUAUAAUCGACUAUCAUUUUAGAUUUCACAUAUCGUUCUUUAUAGUAUGCAUGAUUUAUGGUUUUGCUAAUAUAAUGUGAUUCUUUUAGGUAUUCAGAAAAUAAGUAGGCUCCUAUAUGUUGGUAGAUUUUAAGGCUGGCCAAUAAAAA